UUUUCUACUUUAGAGUGUAAAAGAAAGUUUUAGGAAGAAUUUACUCGAUUCGGAUGACUCUGAUGAUGAUCUUGAUGAUGAGCAACGGAAAAAGAAGGUACUGCCAAUCAAAGUGGGCAGAAAAGUCGAAAAACAGGAGAAGUUUAAGACUUUGGGACCUAUCUGUAAAGCUGAUUGUAAUUUUAGUGGAUUCGAAUGGGACUUCGAUUUGAUGUUACGAGAAAAGAAAGCGGAACGAAAGAGGAAGAGAAAACGGCGUGAUGCCGGUAUCGACAUCAUUAAUGAUGAUGAUGGACUCAUUGCUCAUAUGGUCAACGCAAUGAAAAACGCUGCUAAAGAGGAUCGCUAUUCAAACACUGAACGAAAGCCAGCACUCAAGAAAAGGAAGAUGCUUCAUGAUGUGAAAAUGAUGCUACUAAGAAUGGAUAUGCUGGAAGCUAUGAUCGAUGGUGGGAUGAUGAGUGCCGUCUCAGAAUGGCUCGCUCCCUUGCCUGACAAAAGUUUGCCGGCUCUUGAAAUUAGAACUGAACUACUGAAGAUUUUGUCUGGAUUUGGAAAUUUAGACCAGGGAGUGCUGAAGCAGUCCGGUCUGGGUAGAGCAGUCAUGUUGUUGUAUAAACACCCGCGAGAAACAAAGGAAAAUAAGGCAAUGGCGGCGCAUAUCAUCAGGGAAUGGUCAAGACCGAUCUUCCAGCUUGACACUGACUUUCGCUCUGUAUCACGCGAGGAACGGGUUCAAAGGGACUUAGAACAUAUGUCAAGUGUGAAGAAAAAGCGAUUGAGUGGAGAGUUGGGACCCUCUGACCUUCCUCCUGCACCUGCAAAACCAUUGGGACCUCCUGAUCCUUCUUCCGAAUCUUCGAAGCCAAAAGGGCGCGAGAUAACCAGAGCUCGUGUGCCUCGACCUUCUACAAAGGAUUAUGUUGUGCGACCAAAGUCGAACGUAGAGGGCGAGUUUAAGGGUGAGCGGAAAGGUAAAGCUUUCGCCCGGCUCGACAAGACACAACGUGAAUUCCUGGAGAGGACCAAACGUGUGAAGGCUGCACGUGCAGUGGGGGUCUCACUGCAAGGACGAAAUUUGGCGCUAUGA